CUCCAAAUAGUUUCCGAAUCAAUGAACCGAACAGAAGCAAAGAGGAAAGUGUCUCUUUAAGACAUUUGGACCCUGCCGACCCCUCCCCUCUCUCCACCGGGAGCGCGCACCUCCUAUAAGUAGCGCGCUCAUGGAGAGGAUGCACGAGUCCGCGAGUGUCAUGCGCGUGUACGUCAGCGGCAGCAGCCUUGCUCUGCAGCUCGGACGGACGGACAGGUGUACGGCAAGCAGCAGCUGACAAUCUUCAUUUGAUGGAGCACUGAGGACACCUGGACACACCUGUGCGUCACCGGAACCAGCGAGUCGGUCCAGAUGUUGAUCCACUCAUAUUCAGCCAUGGAGCGCGCAGACGGACUCAGCGGCUCCUCUCCGAGCGGCCGCCUCUCCCAGCUCUCCUCCCUCAACCAGGCCGCCUACUCUUCGGCUCCCCCGCUCUGCCACACGCCGGCCUCCGAUUUCCAGCCUCCGUACUUCCCUCCCCCCUACCCGCAGUCCUCCCUGCCGUACUCCCAGAGCCAGGAAUCGGCCUACUCCCACCUGUCGGACCCUUACCCCUCCAUCAACUCCAUCCAUCAGCACCAGCAGGCUGCAUGGCAUUCCCAGCGCUCCCGCUCGGAGGAAGGCGGCCUGCUGUCACAGUCUCACCGGGCUCUGAGCCUCGACCCCCGCAGGGAUUACCCCGCCGUGCCGCGGCUCCUGCACGGCCUCGGGGAGGGGGCCGCGGCUCUGGGGGACGGACCUCUGGGGAUGCACCUGGGACACCAUGGCCUCGAAGACCUGCAGGUGUGUGUGAUGCAGGGGAUGGAGGAAGGAUCCGCCCUGGGCAUCCUGGACCACUCCGUCAUUAAAAAAGUUCCCAUCCCCUCCAAGCUGAACGGAACCGCCCUGUCGGCGCUCUCCAUAGGGAAGGAGGGCGUGAGCGUGGGAGCCGUGUCCAACCCGGCGGAGGUGUUCUGCUCGGUGCCGGGCCGCCUGUCUCUGCUCAGCUCCACCUCCAAGUACAAGGUGACUGUGGGGGAGGUGCAGCGCCGCCUGUCUCCACCCGAGUGCCUCAACGCAUCGUUGCUGGGCGGAGUCCUACGCAGGGCGAAGUCAAAGAACGGCGGUCGCUGUCUGAGGGAACGUCUGGAGAAGAUUGGGCUGAACCUUCCUGCCGGGCGACGCAAAGCCGCCAACGUGACUCUGCUGACAUCACUGGUGGAGGGUGAGGCGGUCCACCUGGCGCGGGACUUUGGUUACGUGUGUGAGACAGAGUUUCCAGCCAGAGCCACGGCUGAGUUCCUGUGCAGGCAGAGCGACCCGGACCAGCUGCCCACCAGACGCAGCAUGCUGCUGGCCACCAAGGAAAUCUGUAAGGAGUUUAUGGACCUGAUGUCUCAGGACCGCUCCCCGCUUGGCGGCAGCCGGCCCACCCCCUGCCUGGAGCCCGCCAUCCAAGGAAGCCUGACCCACUUCAGCCUGCUGACCCACGGCUUCGGAACCCCGGCCAUCUGCGCGGCGCUGUCCGCCUUCCAGAGCUACCUGAUGGAGGCCAUCAAGCUGCUGGACAAGGAGACAGGAGGGAAGAGCCACCAUGAGAAGGAGAUGAAGCACCGCAAAUGAAGAGAGGGUCAGACUGAGGCUCCUCCCACCGAGCGGCGGGGCUUAGGAUGAACACCUCACAAUGACACAUGGACCUCUGACCUCCGAGUGACGAGGAUUUAAUUUAUUCCUGUUUCUGUGGACCACCAGAACCCUGAGGGUCUGGGUCAGCAAUGAGACCUCCUCUGCAGCAGGGGCUCAUGGGAAAUGAAGUCCUCUCAGAGGAGCUUUUUUAUGUGGUUUUCAGGUGAUGGUAACUUCAGAUAACUGAAUCAUUUUGUACUUUGGGUGUAUGUUUAUUGUUAUUACUGUUAUUAUUACUGUAUUACAGCAUAAAUGUAAUAUAUUAAAGAACUAAGACUCAGUUUAAA